AGUCUGGCUGAAAUCAAGUGGUAUUCAAGACAGAGUGAGAAGACGAAAGCGAUGAAACUUUGUGCACUCAUCUUUCUGGUUUAUCUCGCAAUUGGUGCUGUUGCUGGCAAGAAAAAAAAACUUUGCAGCCAAAUAUUGGACAAGUUGUCAGAUCUUGAGGACCUGAUUAACAAGAAACAGGACUGCUGUGAACCAAAGCCCGUCCCGUCCGGAAGUUCCUGCAAAGAAAUAUACGACCACGACAGUGCCAACCCAAACAAGGCGUAUGACCUCAAGCUAGGCGAUAAAGAUGUGUCUGUGUACUGUUCCAUGAGCGGGGAGCUUGGAGACUGCGGUGGUGGGGGAUGGACGCUGGUCAUGAAGACUGACGGUGCAAAGGUAUUUCAAACAUGUUCAAGGUUCCAAAACCCUACCAAUUCAUUGUUUUUCGAAU